AUGCCACAAAAGUCGGUUAAGGGACGAGUGAUCGCUGAUCUAUUGGCCGAGAGUUUAGGAAUCCCUAAUGACGAUGAUAGUUUCCUCGAUGACCGUGUCUUGAAUGUAAAUGAAGACUUGUGGAAGAUGUUCUUUGAUGGAGCCGUAAACUUGUCGGUUCUGGCUGCAAUUGGGAUAGGUGUGGCUAAGUUAAAAGUGUUCGGAGACUCCACACUAAUCAUAAUGCAGACUGUAGGUGAAUGGAAGACCAAGGAGGCUAAGUUGCUCCCAUACCAUAAGUAUUUAGAAGAUCUAGUGGAAAAGUUCGAGGAAGUUUCGUUCGAGUACUUGCCAAGGUCUCACAACCAAUUUGCAGACGCGCUUGCUACGUUGUCUUCUAUGCUGCAAGUCACUGAUGGGUUAGAGGUUGAGCCUUUAAGAAUAGAGGUUUUGUCGAAGCCAGCUUAUUGCAUGGUAGUGAUAGAGGAACCGGAUGGAAAACCGUGGUACCAUGACAUCAUGACCUAUAUUCAAAAACAAGAGUUCCCAGAAGGUAGCAAUCCAGCUGACCGAAAGCAUCUCAUGAAACUUGCCUCCAAAUUCUUUAUUAGUGGGGAUACAUUGUACAAACGAUCCUUCAAUUCUGUCCUACUUAGAUGUGUCAAUGCUAAGGAAGCCACUCGAGUUGAUGGAAGAAAUACAUGA